AUGGCAGAAGGAAAAGGAAGAGUUUGUGUAACAGGAGGUACUGGUUUUAUUGGUUCAUGGAUCAUCAAGACUCUCCUUCAAAAUGGUUACACCGUUAAUACCACUGUUAGACCUGAUCCAGGGCAAAAGAAAGAUGUUAGCUUCCUCACAAACCUUCCAGGUGCAUCUCAAAAGCUAAAAAUUUUCAGUGCUGAUCUUAGCAUUCCAGAAAGUUUUACUGCAGCAAUUGAAGGGUGUGAUGGAAUAUUUCACACUGCCACUCCGGUUGAUUUUGAGGUGAACGAACCGGAAGAAAUAGUGACAAAAAGAACCAUUGAUGGAGCUUUAGGAAUUCUAAGAGCUUGCAAAAAUUCGAAGACAGUGAAGAGAGUUGUUUAUACUUCAAGUGCUUCAGCUGUUUCUUUUCAUGAGAGAGAAGAAGAUGUAUUGGAUGAAAGUUAUUGGAGUGAUGUGAAUAUUCUAAGAAAUUUGAAGCCAUUUGGUUGGUCAUAUGCAGUUUCUAAGACACUAACUGAGAAAGCUGUUCUUGAAUUUGGAAAAGAACAUGGAUUGGAUAUUGUCACUCUCUUGCCAACUUUUGUUAUUGGACCUUUCAUUUGCUCUAAGCUUCCAAGCUCAAUUCAUGGUUCAAUGCCUUUCUUAUUUGGUGAUGUUGACAAGAAUUCAUUUAACAUCUCUCGUCUUCAAAUGGUGCAUGUUGAUGAUGUGGCACAAGCACAUAUAUUCCUACUUGAACAUUCUAAUCCAAAAGGGAGAUAUAAUUGCUCAGCAUUCACUGCAACUAUUGAUGAAUUAAUUAACAUUAUUUCUUCAAAGUAUCCUGAAGUUCAAAUUCCAAAAUCCAAAGUUCUUAUGGGAGCUAAAGGUCCUAAGAUUCCACAUUUAACAUCAAAGAAACUCAUGGAUGCUGGAUUUAAGUUCAAGUAUAGUGUUGAAAAAAUGAUUGAGGAUACAAUCGAAUGUUGCAAGGAAAAUGGUUAUCUUUGA